AUGAAUGGACAACAAGAUGUAUCAAUGUUGCUAAGCAGGAAGAUGCUGUUAGGCUGGACAUUGUUGGAUGUAGUAUGUGCAAAGUGUCAGAUUGUGCCAUUGGUAGAGGAUAAGAAGAAUAAUGUAGUUCAAUGUGUCAACUGUAACAGAAGUCUAAAGAGAGAUAAAGAAACUGGUGACUUGGUUGUAGUAUCACAAGGUCCAACACAACAGCAACAACAACAACAACAACAGACAACGACAACAACAUCAUCUACUCAACAACAACAAAACGAGUUCAUGCCUGGCUUGUUACGUACUCCUGCUCCCUCUGCAACACCAGCACAAGCUCAAUUUACAACGACGACACCAUCGACUCAACAGACUUCAAGUGUAAUGCAACAGCAUGACUUGGAUAUGGAUGAUGAUGAGAUUGAGGAUGACUACUUUGACGACGAUAAAGAGGCAACAUGGACAGAGAGUGAACGUAUUGCAUUCGAGAAGAGGAUGAAGAAGUCUGAUGAAGUCAGUGCUAUUAUGGGUCAGAAGUUGCUCAUGGGUUGGGCACUUCUCGGAGAUGAAUGCCCCAACAAUGAAUGCUCCGGCACACCUUUGAUGAGAGACAGAGAGAAGAUGUAUCACUGUGUAUCUUGUGAAGCAUCUGCAAUGAGUGUCGAGCAAAUGUUUAAGGCUGUUCAAACAAAGGAGAUCAAGAAGCAACAAGACCAAGCACAAUCACAGGCACAAUCACAGAUACAAGAGGUCACUCCAACAAAGGAACCAAAACUUAAGAGGCAAAAGAAGGUUGUUGAUCCUGAACCAAUGCAACUCCCAGCUCAUCAACAACAUGUUGUACCAGACAACUGCUGCAACACACUGGCUGGCGCAUCUUCAUCAUCACCUCUGUCCACAUCAACAUCGUUGUCGACUACACCUCAUAAGGCCACUACUGCUCCAUUGGCGCCUGCUGCAUCGACAAGACCAAACAUCAACAACAACAAUGUAGUCAAACGUAUGGAUACAUCAUCGUCAUCGUCAUCAUCAUCACAUCAAGAGUUGAACGAGAUGCCCGAUGUAGUGGACAGGGCACUUCAAACAUUGCUUCACAAACUGUCAGAGGCAGAGUCAAGACUUGCCAACAGCACCAGCAUCAACGACACCAAGAACGACUGCUCAUUGAUCAAGGAAUGCAGCCAAGCCAUCGCCUCACUUCUCGAGCUCAAGAGACAACUGUCUUAG